AUGGACAAGAUGGACAAAUGUUGUUUGUUGGGAGCCCAUAAUAGCAUUUUGUACAUUAAUUGUAUUGUGGACCUGUACAUUCCGUACAUAUGGAAUAGCAUUAUAUUCUCGAGACAUAGAUAUUUCUAAUUGAAACUGUUCCUUAAUUUGUAUUAGAAGAAGUUAAAAUAAUAGAACUUUAAAUUUCGCUUGGUAUUAAAGAUAAUGUAAAAUUUAAAGUCUUAAUUUAAAAAGGAGUAUCAUCACAAAAUCCAGUUAUCAAUGGAUAAGUAGUUGGGGAAUUGUAAGCAUAUGUAUAUUAAAAUGAUCCUAUGGUAAAUUGAAAAUUUUGAGAUGACCAUGUACUCUAAAAAUAUAAAUCUAUAGAUAUCCAAUCCCCAUCUUAGUAGGUGCUUUCAUAAUAAUCUCGAGCAGUUGGAUAUAUAUUAUUUAAUGUAAUGUAGCUUGUGGAAGGAUUUGUACAAGUGAUAAAAUUUGCAGUAGUGUCUAUUGUGUCUAUUGAAGGCAAUAAAAAACCUCCUGAAGAAAUAGGUGCAUAUAAUCCGGUGAUUGUUGUAAAUUGCCAAUUAUAGCAUAAUCUUUAGCAAUGGGGUUGCCAUUAGGAAUUUGAAAUAUCAAGCAAGGGUAAUAGGAAAUAAAUUAUAGAAAUCGUCAUAAAUAAAUAAUAGAACUUGUUAUCAAAAAAAUAAAAAAUAAUAGAAAUGAAAAUUUCUUAUAAUUAUGAGACUAAAAAUAAAGACAAAUGA